AAUCAAAUGGAAUAAUUGGUUGAAAGAUAUUAGGAAUUAGAGAAACGUAAUAGUGAGGAAUUAGAGAAUGAUAAAUCAAUAACCCAUUUGUUAUACAUAGAAGGAUUUAAAUGGGAUGAUUUGGAGAAAAUACGAAAGAUAAAUAAAAUAUCAUAAUCUAAAAUAGAGAAAAGAAUAACUUUGGUUUAGGAUGUAAAAGUUAGAAUAAUAUAGUUUGGUUAAUUGAGAAAGGAAGUAGAACCAUAUGAAAGGAGCAAUGAUCAUUUUUAGAACUUAGUAAAAAAUAUUGACAUGCAUAUAAAUUCCAUUAUGUUUGAGAUAGAUAAAUUAGAAUAGUUAAGAUAGAAAUCACAAAGAUUUUUAAGACUUUAAAGUUAACCAAAUAUUAAACCAGAAACAGCACCAACAGAUAUAAUGGCUUAGACAGGAGGAUUAUUAUCUAGUACAAGUGAUGGCUAAACAAGAAUGUAUUAAAGCAGUUUUCAAUUUUAUCGAGCAUAAAGAGAUUAAUAAAUAUAAACACAUAAUUAAAAAUGGAUAGAAAAAUAAUAUUCAAUAUAAAAAAAAUUAAUAGAAGAUGAAAAAGAGUUUUAGAAAUUUAGAUAUGAAAUUGAUGUUAAAUAAAAAAAGGCUGAGAUGAAUCUUCAAGAAUUUUAAUUAUGGUAAUCUAGAGUAUUAAAAGAAUAAGAAGAUGGCAAUUCUAAAAGACUUUAAUUACAUAAAGAAAGAGUAUUAAAAGAUUAAAUCUAAAGAUAAACUAAUUUAGAAUCAAAAAUAUCAAGAAAAGAAUUAUAAUUAUAAAAAUAGAUGUAGUUAUUAAAAGACUUUAAUGAAUAAUAAAAGUAAAAUAAAGAAGAACAUUUUUAAAAGAUUUAAUAAAAGUCUAUGGGAGCCUUAAAUGAUAAAGAUAAAUUUAAUUAAUAUUAAAAAGAAUAAUCUGAGAAGAAAGAAUAGUAGAAUUUACAUAAGUUGAAGUAUAUCUAGGAAUCUAAAGAAUGGACUAAAUAAUAGUUAUAAAAAUAGAGUGAAGUAAAACAAAGCAAAAUUGAAAGAGCUAACGUAAAGUUCUUUUAUAUUUUAAGUAAAUUUUAGUUUCUUAAGAUCUUCAAAGAAGAGAAAAAUUUGAAAAUAAAGAAAAGAAAAAGCUUGCUUAUAUGGAUAAAUAUAAAAAAGUGUUUGCAAAAUAUUAGACAAAAAUUAAUAAAGAAAAAGAAGAUAAAAUACAUUAGAUUUAAAUAGUAAAUAUUAUUAUAAUAUAGUAGAAUAAAGCAAUAGAAGAUGCAAGUAGAGAAUAAUUGAUUAAAUAUUAAUUUGAAAGAAGAUCUUAAAGUUAAGCAGAAGCUUAAAGAUUAAGAGAAAGAAGAGUCAAAAUAUUUUAAGAAGAAAAAGCAGGAGAACAUUUAAUGAAAUAAUUGGAAAUUAAUUAAAGGUUGAAUCAAAUAUAAUAAGAAUUAGAGAUGAAAAGAAAAAUGUAAGAAUUUAUAGAGGAAGAACAAAAGUAAAGAAAAUUAAUGAUAGAGUAAGAAAAUUUAUCUAUUUUUAGAAAUGAUGAAAGAUAAUCUCUUAAAGAAAGAGAAAAGAAUGCUAGAAAAUUAGAAAUUGAGAAAGAAAUAAAAGACAAAGAGAUGAAAAGGAUUAAAUAUUCGAAGUCUUGA